AUGGGGAAAUUGAUCAAGAACCAUCUGGCACGCCUUGUCAUCCUCGCUGCCGCAACCUACCAAGUAGCCGCCGCAGUCCACGGCUUCUUCUGGCCCAAGAUCUUCUGGGACUUCCUCACCACCAACCUCGACGGCGCGGUCAAGCCGUUCCCCUCCCUCCAGAUCAUCAACCUCGUGCUGGGCAUCGCCAUGCUCGGCCUCGAGUGGCCGCUCGGCUUCCUCGCGGGAUCUACCUUCCACCGCUCCCUCGAGCUCCGCCUCAUCGCCAUCCCCCUCCUCGCCCUGGCCUCCGCCCUCAUCUACCAGGGUACCAACUCGGCGCUCUACUACAUCGUCGGCCUGGUCAUGUACUUCAUCGCCUACAGCGAGGGCGAGAUCAUCUGCGCGCAGCCCUGGACCCUGCCCCAACGCGGCCGAGACUUUGCCGUCAAGGUGUGA